AUGAUAAGAGCAGUAGCAAAUCCAAAUUACUCAUCAAGAAGUGAGCCUGCUGGAGGAUUCAAAUCAUUCGAAGCAUUCUAUCCUUUUUAUCUGGGAGAGCAUUGCAAUCGUAUUAAUCGCAGACUUCAUCUGAUUGGAACUACAAUCUCAAUCAUCAUGUUUAUGAUUGCACUGUUAAAAAGAAACAAAAAUUAUUUCUUGGCUGGAAUAUUACAAGCAUACGCCUGGGCAUGGACUGGACAUUUUGUAUUUGAGAAAAAUAAGCCUGCUACAUUUCGUUAUCCUAUGUGGUCUCUUUGGGGUGAUUUUAAGAUGUGGUCCGAGAUUGGGAUGGGCAAACGAACUCUGUAG